AUGACACAGUACAAUCCAGACGAGGUUCAGGCAUCCAAGAUCGUCCAUACUGAGACCUUUUCCGAAGACACCAUCACGUAUGGCUCUCUCCGCGAUCAAGCCGGCCGUGCUGCAUGGGGCUUGCAGAAAAAGUUGGGUCUUCAGCCAGGAGAUACAUUACUAGCAUUGGUCAACAACUCCAAUGCUUUUGUUCUCCUCGCACAUGCGACGUGGUGGGCAGGUGCCAUUUUCGCACCUUUGAAUACGGCGGCAACUCGCGAUGAUAUCUCGCAUAUUCUCAAGAUCACCAAGCCAACGCAUGUUGCUACUAUUGAAGAGAAGCUUGGCACAGUCCAGGAUGCUUUGGCUUCCCUGCCAAUGACGAACACCAAGAUUUUGACUGUUCGUUGCAAGAAGGAGAAUCUGCCACAGUUCCCGGACGAUAUUAUCGGUAGACGACCUACAGAGAGCAUCAAGCCCUAUGACCUUCAGGGUCGAAGCUCUAAAGAUGUUCCUAGCACCAUUUGCUUUUCCUCUGGAACAACUGGAAAGAUGAAAGGUGUCCAACUCUCUCAUUACAACCUAAUCACGAACACCAUAACAAUGCGUGUCUCCAUGCCAACCAGGGUUAACUCAAAUGUCCGUGAGGUCUUUUUUGCUCCUUCGGUGGUCUCUGGAAUGUGGGCUGGAGCCCAGUACACCGCGCUUCCAGCUUUUGACUUGGAAACGUUCUGUCAAAAGUCGAGCGAAAUGAAGGUUACAGACCUGCAUAUUGUUCCUCCAGUGGCGCUUCUACUCGCCACAUCACCCGUUGCUCAGAAGUAUGAUCUGGCUUCUUUGGAGAGAAUUGUCAUUUCAGCCGCCCCAUUGAAGAAAGCAGUGCAGCUUCUACUCAAGAAGCGACUUCCACAUACCAGCAUCUGCCAAGGUGAACACCAUCUACCUCCAAAGCAAGGGUAUUUUGCUAAUAUUAGAACAAAAGGAUAUGGACUCACUGAGUGUACUGGAGGAGUUAUACAUCAGAUAGAUGAAGAGGAGCAUGCUUUCGGAUGCGUUGGAAAGCUCUUCGCAGGGGUUGAGGCCCGCCUAGUCGACCCGAAAACAAAUAAGGACGUUUCUCUGGGCAAAGAGGGCGAACUAUGGAUCCGUGGCCCAAUAAACAUGAUGGGCUAUGUCGGUGACAGUGAAGCAACGCAAAAGACCUUUUCAGAGGGGUGGAUCAGAACAGGAGAUAUUCUGAAGAUGGACGAAAACCAGAACUUCUGGGUUACUGAUCGUCUCAAGGAGAUGAUCAAGUACAAGGGGUUCCAAAUUGCCCCCUCCGAGCUUGAGGAUAUGCUCCUGCGUCAUCCAGAUGUGAUUGACGCCGCAAAUGUCCUCGAUGCGAUCAGGGCUUGGAUGGACAACCAGCUGGCAGGCUACAAAAAGCUCAGAGGAGGUGUCUUCCAUCUGCAGAGUCUGCCCAAAACACCGACUGGUAAGAUUCUGAGGAGGCUUUUGCCUGCAAAGUUGAAUGAGCUGCGGGAGGCGAAGCUUUAG